CUCUUUCUUGAUCCCUCAGAAAAGACACAUCGUUCUCUUGCUCGGUUUCUCGUAUCACGGUGGCUGUGAGUACCGUGAAGGACAUUAAAGUGUUGAGACGCACACGAUCGAGGAAAUACAUACAUACACGCUACCCAGCAGAAGGGAAAUACUAGAUUCGCGAGAUGGAGUUCAAGUUCAACGUCAAUAAACUACUACCUAAGAAGAUCAACAAGGCUACUCAUAUGUUAAUACCAGAAGAUUUUAAAGGAGAUCGUCGUCAGCUAAACGAUGAUCAACGACAAAUAAAAAAAAUUUUGGAUGACAUGGGUGAAGCCUCUGCCAAAGCUCAAGGAUUAAGCAAACCAAUUACCAGUGCUAGUAAACUUCGAGACACUGACCAUAUCGUUUAUCUUCUUGUUGACAGCGAAGCGAACAACAACUUGGGGAGCGUAGUAGGUUUGCUGAAAACUGGAUCGAAAAAUUUGUUUAUGUUCGAUGAAACUGGAGCAAAUUAUCAAUUGAAACCACGGUGUAUAUUGGAUUUUUAUAUUCAUGAAUCUCGACAACGUAUGGGACUUGGAAAAAUUCUUUAUCAGUACAUGCUGUCCGAAGAAAAUAUCAGGCCAGUGAAAUUAGCGAUCGACAGACCAUCGGAGAAAUUUCUUGCCUUUUUACAAAAGCAUUAUGGAUUGUCCAAAAUCAUACCGCAAAAUAAUAAAUUCGUAGUAUUCCAAGGAUUUUUUGACGACGAAAUUCAAGAUGUUAGAGCAAACAGAUAUAGUUUACCUCCAAAACAUUCUUUCGAUAUCGGAAUGCCUAAUAAUAAUACAACGAAAAGUAAUAGUACAAAUGAUAUCCCGUAUGUUUCUACAGUUUCACGAAGUUCUUACGGAAGAUACGCCGCUGGACGACCGCCUUGUUCAAUGGCAAACAUAAUCCAUAACACUGCAAUGGUUGGUCAAUCAGUUGAACGUACAGGCGAGGAUAUUAAUUCGUCCCCUAUAACGCCAAAACUGGAACGACCUCGGUCUUUAAGUUUGUAUUCGGAGGAUGAUCAAAAACAACGUACAAAUGAAUCAUCAACAGUACCGAAGACAGUUGUUCCUAAUAACGAAGCAACAUCAUUUGCUCCCGUUAUAAAAGAAACUGAAAAAACUGUUAAAGCGUCACCUUCAUGCAGCCAAGAAGUAACCGGAAACAAUCAGCACACUCAUCUCGAUCUCAAAUUUUACCAUUCGCCAUUAUGGUAAAAAAAGAAAACAUUUAUAAAUGCUAUUAUCAUAAACACAAAAUAGAAAUAAAUUUGAUGCUAAAGUAA